AUGAUGUAUAGAAAUAUGCCAGUAGAUUUAGUACUAGUUCGUCAUGGUCAAAGUGAGGGUAAUCUCGCUCAAAGGUUAGCAAGGCAGGGCGAAUUACAGCAAUGGACAGAUGAGUUUAGACGAAGACAUAAUAGCUUGUAUAGAUUAACUGAUAGAGGUAGAACUCAAGCUAGGAUAGCUGGUGAAUAUAUAAGAACAAAUAUUGGAACUACAUUUGACAAGUACUUUACUUCUGAGUAUGUUAGGGCUAUGGAGACUGCUGCCAUGCUAGGACUGCCCAAUUCAUUAUGGAAUACAGAUAUAUAUUUAAGAGAAAGAGAUCGUGGUAUUUUGGCAAAUAAAACUCACCAGGAAAGAGCUACUUUGCACUCUGAUGAAAUGAUUAGGAAGCAGAGGGAUGCAUUCUAUUGGCAGCCAUCUGGUGGAGAAUCUUUGGCUAAUUUAUGUUUAAGAACAGAGCGUGUUUUAGAAAAUUUAAGUCAAAAUUGUGCAGGAUUGAGAGUAAUAAUAGUAUGUCAUGGUGGAGUUAUUAAGAGUUUUAGAACAUUACUAGAAAGAGAUAGGAAUGAUAAGAAUUCAAAGAUGAGUAAAAUUAAUAAUUGUCAGAUUGUUUGGUAUACUAGAAGAGAUCCAGUAAGAGGUUGCAUAACAUCUUCUUACAAUUGGGUUAAAUCAAUUUGUCCAUGGGACCUAUCUUUGUCUUCAAAUUCAUGGAGAUAUAUACAAAGACAAGCAUUUACUAAUGAAGACUUACUACAAAUAAUAUGCCGAGUACCUCAAUUAGUUAAUGCACCUGCAGUUGAUUUGUUAGAAGAAUUGGACAUUCCGAGUCUACCGUCAUCUCCCCCUAAUCAGAUUUUACCCAAAAAUACUUUAAGUGAAAUUGAUAAUGUUCUUCCUCCAAAGAUUCAGACAAGUAGUGAUUUAAGGAGUAGCAUUGAUGAUCAUAUUAUAGAUACAAGUGAUGGCACAGAUGAGAAUACACAAGAUAUUGAUUCAGAUGAAUAUAAUAAUGAAGACUUCGUUAACAAUAGUGCUAAAUCUUUUGUUUAUAAAUACUUUCAAUUAUAUGCAAACUAUACUAUCUCAGAUGAAGAUUUCAGUGAUACUAAUGAACCUGGGAAUUAG